AAGUGAAGGUUUUUACCUAACCUGCAGGUUUCAGGCAUCCUAUCUUGUCAAAAUUAGGACUAGUGACAAAAGCCCAGCGUCUCCUAUUCGUAGUUAUGACACAGUGGAUGUACGUCUUUGAUGCAACUUUCUCCAUGUCCUCGUUUUUCUUUAACUAGCGGAAGGUUCACUCUACAAUUAUGGAGUUUUGAAAAGGAAAGUGGGAGUUUUGGGGGGAAAGGGGGCCUUUCCCCUCAAGUUUGAUGGUGGGACUGCUGGAGAAGAAGGGCAGACGGUAGUUGAAGUUUUUGCCUUUUUGUAAAUUAUUAAAAGUAUAAAAAAAAAGAAAAUAUCUAUUUUUGCUAACAUUGAAAGUGUACAUUUUUGUAUAGAACGCACAAGAGGUUUUGUAUUUAUUGAAUUCUUGAUGCCAUCGUAUGCUACAAGCUCCUUAGUUUGUGUUCAACUCUUGGUUGAAAUGGUGGACUGAAACAAGUCGCAGAAAGGCUCUGGGGUGGCUAGGGUGCGGUGGAACCUCAACACAAGCACAAUUCUAGCACUCCAAACCAUCUCGCCCUUUUGUUGACACAUUUUUUUUUUUCUUGAUAUACUUUUUCUUCUUGGAGAGCAGCUCUGUUACAGUACACGUUAUUAGUGACAUUGUUUUUUUGAUUUGUUACAUCGCAUUGUUUUGUUUUUGAGUCUUUAUUUAUAAUUGUGGGUGGUGGGCUCUAGGAGGGACUUUGAGAUACAAAAGGGAAGAGGGUUCACUGUGAAGAUUUGGAGGAGGUCAGGAUGAGUCUAGCACUGCCGGACUGCACCCCCAAAUGCCGCUCACAGCAGCAUGCGGACGAGGUGGUGGCGGCACUAACUGGCGGCUCUGAGGGGCAGCUGCGGGCGUUCUUGACCUCACACUGCCACAAUGCGGCCACCUUGAGGGAUGCCUUUGGUCGCACAGCCCUGCACCUGGCAUCCUCGCUGGGAAAGAAGACCCUACUGGAGUGGCUGAUGGAAAGUAAGAAUGCUGACCUGAUGGGGAAGGAUAAGGAGUCCGGUUGGACCGCUGUGCAUCGCAGCGCUUUCUACGGACACAUCCACUGUCUCAUAUCACUAGUCAAGCAUGGAGGACUUCUGUCCACACAGGACAAGGAGGGUCUCUCUGUCCUGGACCUUACAAUGAAGGACAGACCAGCACAUGUUGUGUUCAAAAACACCGACCCAACUGAAGUAUACACAUGGGGAAACAAUACUAAUUUCAGUCUCGGGCAUGGUAAUCAGGAGAGCCGACAGCACCCUGAGCUUGUGGAUGUGUUUGCCAGGACUGGGGUUUACAUCAAGCAGGUGGUCCUGUGUAAGUUCCACUCUGUGUUCCUGUCCCAGAAAGGCCAGGUCUUCACCUGUGGGCAUGGACUGGGAGGACGACUUGGCCAUGGAGAUGAACAGACUUAUCUGGUCCCUCGGAUGGUGGAGGGUCUGAUGUCCCACCACUGUUCUCAGGUGGCGGCAGCUAAAGACCACACAGUGGUGCUGACGGAAGAAGGCUACGUUUACACUUUUGGCCUAAAUACCUUCCACCAGCUCGGUCUGGCUCCUCCUCCGGCCUCAGCUCAUGUCCCUAAACAGGUGUUCUCCAAGACGCUGAAAGGCAGGACAGUGAUUGGAGUUGCUGCAGGAAGGUUCCACACAGUGCUGUGGACGAGGGAAGCUGUCUACACAAUGGGACUCAAUGGAGGCCAGCUGGGUUACCUGCUGGAUCCUAACGGAGAGAAGUGCGUGACAGCCCCCCGGCAGGUGUCCGCUCUGCACCACAAGGAUGUCACCAUAGCGAUGGCAGCAGCUAGUGAUGGAGCAACGGUGGUCGUGACUGAGAAGGGCGACGUCUACCUGUUGGCUGAAUACCAGUGCAAGAAAAUGGCUUCAAGGCAGCUGAAUGUCAAGAAGGUUCUGGUCAGCGGUGGGAGUCUGGACCACCGUGUGGUUCCUCAGAUCCUGAAUGAGGGAGGAGGGGAAAAGCUGGCCAUCUUGGCAUUAGAUGAAGCUGGGAGGGUGUUUUGCUGGCGGUCCUCCGGCAGCUCGGUGAGACAGUGCCGGUGGGCGUAUGGGCGUCAGGUUUUCAUGUCGGACAUCGCUCUCAGCAAGAACGGCAUGAUGUUUGUGACUCAGGAGGGGGAGGGCUUCAAUGGAGUGUGGGCCGGGGAAUAUAAGAAGUACGGGGAGAAGAAAGAGUGCAGUGUGGAGGUUUGUGGCCAUUCAGAUGCUGUGACAAUGUAUGAGCGCAUUCGUCUGGAGAAACUCCCGUAUGUCCACAGAGCGGUCAGCAUCACCAUGGACUCCAAAGGCCGGAAUUUUGGAGUGCUUCAGUCCGACCCCAAAACAAGCUUGUACGAGAUUCCCAGCAUUUCUCCGUCCUCCUUCUCCAAACACUUUCGGAGCCUUCUGGAUGAGGCGGACGAAAUGGACAGCAUCCACGAUGUGACCCUCCAGGCCGGUGAUCGCACCUUCCCAGCCCACAAGUUCAUCCUUUCCAUGAGGUCCGAGUUCUUCCGGAAGCAGUUCAUGUCCGAGCAUUGUGGGUUCGACGAGGAUCUUGAUGGAGAAGUGAGAAGGAGCGAGGAUGCCGUGGGCUGUGAUUUAAUCAUUUUGGAGAAGAUCACACCGGACAUGCUGGAAUACGUCCUGCACUUCAUCUACACUGACUCCUGCGAGCUGCUGGUGCACGGGGCCCGGCCAAGAGUCUUGGGGGCCUUGCCAGGACAAAACCAGGACUUCGAGCAGGAGAGGCUUAUCAGCAGCCUGCAGGACUUGGGCCUGAGAGGCCGUUCAGCCGUCGAGGUGUACCGCUCCCUUCCCCCUGCAACCAAAGGAGAUGGUGACAAGGCCAAGAGCAAGUGCGCCAAGCCUGGCAAGAAGGGGAAAGGAGGUAAAGGUGACAAGGCUGGGGCCAACGAGGGAGGGGCCAACCCAGUGAAAACCUUGCAGGGGGUUGCGAAGAAGCUGGGCCUGGGAGGCCUGUCUGCACGACUGGAUGGAGUCAAAUAUGAAAGUGGAAAGAUCAAUGUUGUAAACAAGAAAACUGGCAACAAGCCAAAGUUCUACCAGAAAAAAGGCUCCUAUCUUUGUGAUGUUACUCUGAAAUCUGAAGAUGGUAAAGAGUUUCCAUGUCACAAGAGUGUCCUCUGUGCAAGACUAGAAUACUUCAAUAGUAUGCUUGGAAACCCCUGGAUUGAGGCCACCUCCUGCUCUGCCCUGGAGAUGCCUACCAGCUCAGAGAUUCUGCAGGUCAUUCUAGAGUAUAUUUAUACGGAUGAGUCCCCCACCAUUAAAGAGUCUAUGAAUGUGGAAUUUGUCUGCAACGUAUUGGUUGUGGCCGACCAGCUGCUCAUCACACGACUGAAGGAGAUGUGCGAGGUCGUCAUCACCGAGAACUUGACUCUGAAGAACGGAGCAGAGCUGCUGGAGUUUGCCACCAUGUACAACGCAGAGCAGCUUAAACUCUCCUGUCUCCAGUUCAUCGUGGUCAACAUGGCCGCCCUGCUGGAGUCAAAAGCGCUGGAUAUUCUUAGUGAUGAAGUGCUCGUGGAGCUUUCUGCAGCCUACAGGAGGAUGAUCCCAGCCAUGCAGAGGAGGGUUAUCACUCCGUAUCCUGGCGCCCCAGACCUCAGUGUGUUUGAUGAUGAGGAUUUGGACUCAGCGUUCAGCCCCAAACCAGAAGCAGAACUGGACCACUCUUGCAGGGAAAUCCUGUUAAAGAAAGCCAAGAUGAAGGCUAAAAAGAAACCACGGCGACGCUCUGACAGCUCAGGAGGCUACACUCUCUCUAAUAUCAUCCAAAGCCCCCCCGCUGCAGUGGUCUCCCCGUGCCUGGUGAAGUCAGGCAGGGCUAACUCAACAGAGUCCCUGCAGGAUCUGCUCACAUCCGACUCAGAGGGCAGCUACGUGGGGCUGGGCAGUCCCCGAGACAUUCAGUCACCCGUCUUCCAUGACAGAGCCGAGGAAGAGAAGGCCUUUAGUCAGAGGCUCAAGACCCCACCCAGCACGCCAACCACCCUGGGGGGGCGACUCCCAGCUCCCCCGAACUCUGCUCCACAAACCAUCCCCAAGAUCCUUCCCUGCCCUGCUCGUCCGCCUCCAGUCCUGGAUCUGAGGACCAUCAUGGACAUGGAGGCCAACUCUCUGCCGAUCCUUGGAGCGACUCCUAAAAGCCCUGGAAGUGUCAGCACCAGCAUUAAGCAUUCCCCUGUUCCCACGAAACUGUCCCAGAAGCAGAGGAAGAUGUUGGCCAUGGCCAACAAGGAGGCCAGUGUGGAGUCCACUGCAUCCAAACCAACCCCCACAGGCACCCCGUCCAAAAGCAGUGGGAAGGCCUGGGCAACAGCGGCCCAGUCCCCACCCUCCUCAUGCUCAUUUCGGGCGCUGCUGGAGGAGGAGGAGAACUGUUUGAUCAGCGCGGGACAAACAGGAGCCCAGAGAGGCCAAGGUGCCCAGGUGUCCCCUGUCACCGCCACCCCUACGACCAGAAGGGUCACAUUCAAAUGCGCCGAAAGCAGCGAGCCAGAGCGACCCACUGGGCCCUGGGUGCUGGGAGCAGUGGGCAGCCCUCCCCUCUCCUCCCUGGUGACCUUUGCCUCCAUCGUGGAGGAGGAGAAGGAGCAGGAAGCUGCACUGAUCCGUAGCCGGGAGAAGCCGCUGGCGCUCAUCCAGAUUGAAGAGCGGGCAAUCCAAGACCUUUUGUUCCAUUACAAAGCCUGCGACAACCCUGAUGAGCUGAUAGUGGUGGAGAGGUCUUCCAGAGGUCCUAUGGCAGCCCCAACCUGGAACAAACACUAAUGUUUAACAGCACAGCCGCUACAUACCAACAAAAAGAGAACAUCAUCUGCAGUUGUCGGCAGCGUCCCUUCCACAGCUUCCCCAUGACGUCCUCCGAUCCAUCAGUCCACGGCAAGAUGCACCUCAGACUGGGUCUGAUGCAAAUGUAAGCUUGUCUCUGCAGUGUUACAUAAAAUUUUAUGUAAUUGCUGCUCAGCGUUUUGUUUGUGCGAGUGAGUGAGAGAGAGAGAGAGAGAGAGUGAAUGAUUUUCAUAACUGAAUGUGGUCCCUGAAGAGAACUUCUGGGCCCAGGAUUACUUGUGCAUGAUUGUCCUUUUUCUUUUCUUUUUGCGGUAUUAAGUCUUUCCUUGGCAAAACAAUUAAUAAAAAGUAAAGUAAACAACUUUUCCAAAUAAAUAUGUGAAGUUAAAGUUGCCAAAUAAAAUGAAAAGAAAUGAAGGUGUUUGAGCCACAAAAUGGGUCCAAACUGGAUCACCUUGAGGGCUUGUGCAUGUCAAAUCAGUGGAAACUCUCAAUGUGAUCAACAAAGAAAGAGUGCCAAUUACCAACUGAGACAAAGUACAUUUUUUGGUAAGAGUUAAAGUGAGUUGUUUACAAAGGUAGUCUGUUUAGUCUCUCUUUAUGGUCCUUUUUUCUUCACAAUACUUGCAUUGUUUAGACUGAUUGAUUCAGCUUUGCAGUGUAAUCUGGACUAAAUAUGGAUGUUUUUCAUAGUCAAAAUAGAUUAAUUGAUGCCGUUAGAGUGAACGCCGAUUGUCUGAAAACUGGCUCUCUAGCCUUUGAAGUUAUCACCAGUGUGUUUUUGAGAAGGUGGUGUGCCUUUAUCAAAUAAUUAAUACAGGUACAGCGGAUAAAAUACCAUUUAUCUCUUCAUUAAUUCAUUCAGCGCUCUCUUCCAUUAUUUAAUUGUUUAACUCUCCAGCUUUUCUCCCGGAGCCAAUGUUAUCUUGGUAGGUCCCUCCGAUCUGGACCUUGUAAUCUCGCCUUCUGAUGCCGUUUGUGUGUGUGUGUGUGUGUGUGGGGGGGGAUUUGUGAUGAGAAAAUGGCAUGUAAUAAAAUAACUCAC